UGUGACUUAUUUACAUGAUUGUGUGAUCCUCUUUGAACUGCUGUGCAAAUGUUUAACUGAGUAAAUCCAGGUAAUCUGAAACUACUAAAGGAAGAUAAAAACGGUGCAUCACUUCUGCUCACAGUGCCGUGUGAAUGUGCUGAAUAAACGUGUGCUGCUUAUACUGCUGUAUGAAACAUGACUGAGAGUUACAGGGACUGAACUCUGCCAUAUAUUGCAUGAGAGGAGAGACACUGAGCUGUUUGCCGACCGGAAGACGUCUAAAGACAUGUCUGAUCUGAAGAAAACCAGACGACCAUCAGCCGAGGAAGAGCAGCAGGGGCUGAAUAUGAGCGGGUCCUUCAGCAAGGUUCUGGAUUUGAGUUCUGAAGACCCUCACAGCGCUGGAAUCAAGCCAAUAACCUUUGUGAGACAGGUGGCAGCUGGAUGUGUGUAUCCCAGAAUCCUGCAGGGCGAUGCUCUUCCUCCUGACGCUCGUCUCAGAGCUCAGAAACUCCUCAGUCACUUUGAUGGAGGCAGUGUCGGUUCAUACACUGAGACCUGUGGAUCAAUGCAUGUGAGAAACACUAUAGCAAAGUCCGUUUCUCUGCGGGAUGGAGGUGUCCAGUCCAGUCCAGAGCAAGUCUUCAUCACUGUUGACACGCAGAGAGCUUUGAUGGUGAUGCUACGGCUGCUCUGUCAAUCAGAGGGUGUGUGUGCGGUCAUGAUCCCAGACCCCGCCCCUCACACUCUGACACGCCUCCUGGAUAGGAUGGGUGUGGUUCCAGUGACCUAUCAGCUGCGAGAGCAGAGUGGGUGGAGCUUUGAGAGGGCGGCGCUAAACAGAUCCAUUCAGGCGUCGAGAGGGCGGUGCUUUCCACGGGCGAUUUACAUCAGUAACCCUGGCAACCCCACAGGUCAUGUUCAGAGCAGAGAGUCCAUUCAGCAUGUGAUUCGCUUCGCUGCAGAUGAGGAGCUUUUCUUGUUGGUUGAUGAGGAAAGUGUUUUGGAUGUUUAUCAGGACACAGUUUUUGCGGACGGCUCAGAGUUCGUGUCUUAUAAGCGUGUUCUGGCUGAGAUGGGCGAACCUUAUUCUGAUGGAGUCCAGCUGGCCUCGCUGCAUUCGCUCUCCAACGGCAUCAUGGGAGAGUGUGGUUUCAGGACGGGGUAUAUGGAGCUGGUGAACGUUGAUGAAGCUGUAAUGUUAUACGCUGAGGUUCUUCUGACGGGAGAUCUGUGCCCUCCUGUGAUUGGUCAGAUCACUCUGGAUGUCAUGGCUGAUCCGCCCCAUCCUGGAGAACCGUCCUAUAGUUUAUACACACGGGUACUUUAUUCUGACUUUUUCAGGCAAGUCUGA